ACCUAAGUUCAACGUACGGGUGAGAAACUAUGUCUGUACCAAGGGACCCAGCGGGCAAGCUUCUUUUCACGUUUGGUGAUUAUUGCGCUCUCUGCCGUGAGACUCUGCCUGAGCCCAAUUCCGAGAUUGGCUUCGUUCCUCCACUGAGUGAUGCCUGGCAGUACAAGGUCAUCGGACUCUAUAAUAUCGCAAGUACAGACAAGCCGUCUAGAAUAGUUGCUGCCUUUGGGGAUUUGGCAAACGCUGUUUGUUUCGAGGAAAUAGCUGUAGAUUUCGCCAGUGGCCAGUCUUUGGCCCUGAAAGUCGAGAUUAACCACCGAACACGGAAUAAAGAUAGAAUUGCUCACCUUGUUCAUCUCCCGUGUUGGAAAUUGAUAAAGGCAUUGGAUUCUGAUCUCAGUCUUCGGUCAAUAUAUGAGUUUGCAGAGUCGACAUAUUCUUUGUUCAAGACUUCACAUGUCCCAGAGGGUCAAGAUAUCACAGCCACGGGAUUCACAGGCUUCAUCGAUGAGAACGCCAGCCAAUCAAACUUGGGAAAGUUUCUUAAUCGCAUAUCUAGGUUGCCACUAGAACUUCAGCUAGUGAUAUCAGAAGCUUGCCCUUCGAACUUGAUAUCGUCGCUCGUAACAGUGGCUCACACAUCUUUUACACUUGUCAGCGCAUUCAAGUGCAGCCAAGGUCAACGACAUAUUGAGCUUAUAUGCCACUCAGAUGUCAAGACCCUUUCCGCUACGACUGUGUCAAUAUUCGGCAACACAUAUAUAUCAUCCUUGAGAUUUAACGAACUAAGUGAGGGUUCAGAAAAAGUUCAAGUAAAAGAGUCAGAGGUUACAGGUAUCAAGUUUGCAAUUGGCCGUUAUGGGCUCAAGGCACUUCGUAUUUGUUAUGCUUCCAAUGAGUCGUCUGAUUGGCUUGGGGACCCAAGAGCCGGAUGGAUUGGAGUAAUGCGCGGGACUGACAUUACAAGUCUGCGUAUUCUGCGCGAUGAUCUGAAAUGCAUCCGGGUAGGUUUCAUGCAUGGCUCACCAAUGAGAGAGCAGCGUGGACUUUUGUUGGAUAAAGAUCUCUCCUUUAGAUUUGGAGACUGUCAUCGCACCCUAGAUAUAACGGAUUCACUAUCGAUUAGAAGCUUCCCUAAGUGGCGAAUGUGCAGGUACCUUCCAUUUUUUGAUGAGACAGGUUACAUAUCUAGCCUCACAAUGUACUGCAACGGCCACUCUAUAACGGGUAUGGCAGCAUCUGGCUCUGGCCUCUCACUUCGAUCAAUUGGCGAAUGCAGUGAUAAACGUCACCCUGUACAUAUCUAUCUUCGGCCGGACGAGCGUAUUGAAUCUAUUUGGCUCCGAAUGCCAAACCCUAAAUCCAACACGUGGCAUAGACCGAACAUCAUGAUUUUGACCAACUUAAAUCGAACACAACUUUUUGGGCCCUCACUGGUACAUGCCUCUGGAUUUUACGGAGACAAGCGAUAUCAAUGGACACUAUUAAACAAGGGCCCUGGAUAUAGACCUACAGGCAUUUUUUUUGAUGCACUUAGAAGAGAUGGUGUCUCCCAAAGAAUCGACAACAUAGGUAUUACUCAACGCGCUAGACUGGAGGUGCAGGGGAUUUAUCCGACGGUUCCAAUGCUCACACUGGAAUUAAAUACAGACGAGCCGAGAAAGAGAUUUGUAAAUUGCUACCUCACAGUUGCAAGCUUUGCGCAUGUCAAAGAAUUAAGAGUAAGCAGGACAGGCCCUCAGAUAUCCGGAAUGGCAAUACAUCACCAUGAUGGAAGUAUUGAUGUCCUCGGAAAGUGGGGCAGACUGUCACUUGGUUUUCCUUCAAAAACCGAGCAGAUCUAUCACUGCAAAGAUGGAACACUUACCAGCAUAGCUUUUGGAUUCUCGGGUGGUGAAGAUGAGGCAAAAUUGGUCGAUACAAUAUUCCUCGCCAUUGACCACAAACCGCGUAUUAAAGACGUGGUCCCACAAUCGAAGAUUGUCGUGGAGUUUCAAGUCGACGAGGCAGACCCUCCUACAGUAAUGUGGUUGUCUAACGUAGCUCAUGAUCAUGUUGAUCUUUGGAAUGGCGAGUACCUGCCGCCUAACAUGUAUAUGUCGACCCACGAGUAUCGUAUAACAGAGUUUGAGGUAAAGGCAGUAGGGAAAAAAAAAAUUCCCAUGAAGGAGGCUUCCAACUAGAUUUAUUGUGCUGUGUUCCUUUUGGGGGCUGGGAUUCCAUCGGCGUCAGUGAUAGUUCUGAAUGAUAAUUCUGUAGUUACAC